UUUCUAUUUUAAUAGUCCAAUUUUUCUAUUUCGAUCCGUCCGUGAAUAGGAGUUUCGAUGCAAUUUUUAUUAUAAAUAGUUUUUAGAUUAAAUGGCUACGACUAAAGAUUAAAAAGGCUUUAAACGUGAUGCUGGAAUUGCAAUAGCUACCAUAGUUGAUGAAUAAACAAAGAGAAAAGAAAAGUAAUUUCAUUUUGUACAAAACUAAUGUGGGCAGUUUUUAGCCCAUCAAAAGCCCAAAAAUAUCUUAACAUGCAGGGCCCACGAUAUCUAAAAUCCCUCUUUCUUCCCCACUAUGGACUAGGGUAUAGGGUUUAACCUCAGCCCAAAUCACUCUCUUCAGUCUGUAGCCGUUUCGGCAUCUGGAAAUUCGUAAAUUUUGCACUCGGUUGUUGGAGUUUGAUUAAGUUGGAAUGGGGAAGAAGCGAAAGCACAGCGAAACCAAGGCGGCAGAGAAUGAGAAGAAGGAAGAAACCGCGCCGGAACGGCCCGAAAGAACUCUUUUCGGAUUCAAAACCAGUCCUGAGGACUUAAAGGAGAAUAAUUCCACCCCCUUUUUCCGGAAUAAAGAGAAAGUUUUGGUUACUUGUUCUCGCCGCAUUAGUUUCAGGUAUCGUCAUUUGAUGAUGAACUUGGUUGAUUUAUUGCCUCAUUGUAAGAAAGAUAACAAGGUCGAGUCCAAGGGGAGCAAAGGUGCGGAUCUGAACGAGCUUGUCGAGCUCAGGAGCUGCUCGUCUUGCUUGUUCUUUGAGUGCAGGAAAGGGAGAGACCUCUACUUAUGGAUGGCUAAGUGCCCCAAUGGUCCCUCCGUUAAGUUUUUGGUUAAUGCUGUGCACACAAUGGAGGAACUGAAACUUACUGGAAACCAUCUCAAGGGUUCACGUCCUAUCCUGACGUUUUCAUCCAACUUCGAUAAAAGCCCUCAUUGGAAGCUCCUAAAGGAGAUGAUUACUCUGGUGUUUGCCACACCGAAAGAUCACAGGAAAUCGAAACCAUACCAUGACCAUGUAUUUGUCUUCUCUAUUGCUGACGACCACAUAUGGUUCCGGAAUUACCAGAUAUCAGCCGACCAUACUGGUUCAUCACAAAAGUUAGACCGUGGAGAUUUGGAAAAGAUGACUCUGAUUGAGGUUGGUCCAAGGUUUUGCUUAAACCCAAUUAAGAUAUUCAGUGGCAGCUUUGGCGGGCCAACAUUGUACGAGAAUCCUUUCUACGUUUCACCCAACACGAUUCGCUCUAUGGAGAAAAGACAGAAGGCCGGGAAAUAUGCAAAGAAGGUUAAAGCCAAGACCAGGAAGAAGAUGCACGAGAUGGAAAAUCCCCUCGAAGUUGAUGAGUUUGCUGAUAUGUGGAAGGAAUGGCGGCUAAUUAUAUCCUUGGAUAAUAUAUUUAACCAGUUUUCGAGGGCAGCCAACAGAUUGGAUUCCAUUACCGACAGCCACUUAGUAAAAAAGCAAUACAACUUUCAACAUUCAAGAGCGGACUGUAAUAACUGAUGAUGAGUCCUUCCCUGAAAAUGGCGUUUCCAAAUUCAGCUGUUCAGCUUCUCCUCUCUCUGUUUCUGCUUGUUCAUCAUGUUUCAUCACAAAGAUCUACUUACAUUGUCCACAUGGACAAAUCCUCCAUGCCUAACCCAUUUUC